AUGAGCACAGGCCGCUUCUCGAGGAAGGAGAUGGAAGCGCUGUGCGGAGGAGGUAACACAUCGAUCACGAGAGUCAAGCGAGCCAUGUUGGAGUUAGCAAGAAGAAUGAACCUCAAGCUGGUCAGCGUCGAGGUCGAGGAGGAUCGUGACACGCUCAGCUGGGAUGGGAGCCUGAUAGCUCUCUCCCUGGCGACCAAGGCAGAGGCUCGACGCAUGAUGGAAGGCAUCCCCUUCUACUUGGAAGGGAUCCUGGAAGUCAAGCUCGAAGCUGUAGGUUUCAAGCUCAGCUCUCAGCAUGAGGAGGAGAGCGAGGAGCAAGCCCAAGAGUCCCAAGGGCAGCAGCAAGGCGCUGGAUGGCUGGAGCUCAGCGACAUCGACAGGAUCACCAUGGAAGCAGCGUCGCCGUCAGGGCCAGUCGAUCAACAGGUCUUGCUCGACCUCUCGACGAUGCUCUUGGAGACAUCAGAGGAGGAGCUGCUAGCUGGCAAGCCGAUCUCUCUGGAGCUAGACAAGAGUGUUGGCAAGCUGCAUGACACCUUCUGCUCGCCGGGCAACGUGGAGUUCAUGACGCUCGGAGCUUGGGCAGCCACGCCGACGUUGGGAUCGAAGCGAAACAUGUUGAAGGAAAAGCUCAGAGCUUACCUCGGCGAGCAGCGCUGGACACGGGUGCAAGGGAAUAAGGCAGCGAGGAGGGGCAGCGCCUUCUCUCCAAGGGCAGCAGCGACUGAUGCGCUCGAGCAGGAGGCUGAGAGCGAUGACAUCGAGAGUCGAUCUGUAAGCCUCUUGUUUCUUGCGAUCAGUAAAUUUGCUGAGCACCAUGGGUUGAGCUGCACGGGCAAGGUCGACAAGCUCGUCAGCGAGCUGCAGCUCGUCAGCGAGCUGUCAGCAGUCAUCGAAGAUGCAACUUCUUUGAACGAGGCGGGGACGAGCGAGCCGAUCAAGCUGGUCUUGGACAAGGCCGUUGGCAACCUCCACGACACCUUCUACUCUCCGGGGAGCCUGGAGUUCAUGUCGCUGGGAGAGUGGGCGAAGACGCCAGAGGAGCAGGGAGUGGGACGCAACGUUCUCAAGGAGAAGCUAGCGGAGUGGUUGCACAGCAAGCGCUGGACUCGCGUGCAAGGAGACAGCAAGAAGGCAAGGAGGGGCAGCGCGUUCUCGCCACGGGCAACGGCAGCUGCUGAGCUUGAGCAGGAGGCGGAGAGCGACGACAUAGAGCGUCGAUCUCUUAGCUUCCUGUUCAUAGCACUGAGUAAAUUCGCAGAGAUGCAUGUGCUGGCCUGCUCGCUGAAGGUGGACAAGAAGGACCGACUGCGGGUGGAGAUGAGGGAAGAUGACGAAGAAGAGGAAGACAUGGAGGAAGAGCAAGGCGAGGGCGAGGAAGGAGACGGGACGAGCCCGUACCGAGCUUGA